CCCCUACCUAGUUACUGCGUAGACAGACAUUCACUCUCACUCUUAACUACAUCACCAUCACCACUACCAACCACCACCACUAUUGGCAUCGGCAUCCGCUCUCCACCACAGUAUCUCCGCCAUUACCACGCGUCCUUUCACUCUACAUCACAAGCCAACGAUAGGAUUUCCCGUUGACGAGCCUUCUGCUGCUUUCACACCAUGGCAGGAUUCGACUUCAGCAACCACAACCGUAAUGCCGCACUCCAUGCUCAAGGAGUCCCGCUACCUAAAGCUACGAGUACUGGAACAACCAUCGUGGGUUGUCUCUUCGAUGGCGGUGUCGUAAUCGCUGCCGAUACAAGAGCCACGAGCGGACCUAUUGUGGCAGAUAAGAAUUGCGAGAAAUUGCACUACAUUGCACCUCAGAUAUGGUGCGCCGGUGCCGGAACUGCCGCUGACACUGAGUUCACCACAGCCAUCAUAUCUUCCAACCUCGAACUACACUCGCUGUCCACCGGUCGCAAGCCACGCGUUGUCACAUGCAUGACUAUGCUGAAACAGCACCUCUUCCGAUACCAAGGCCAUGUGGGCGCAUAUCUAGUCGUGGCUGGCGUUGAUCCUACUGGCGCGCACCUCUUCACCGUCCACGCACACGGUUCUACAGAUAAGCUUCCGUACGUCACGAUGGGCUCCGGAUCGUUGGCUGCCAUGUCGGUGUUUGAGACGCAGUGGAAGAGCAAGCUCACUAGGGACGACGCCGUAAAGCUUUGCGCGGAUGCAAUCGAAGCCGGUAUCUGGAAUGAUCUCGGGUCUGGUAGCAACGUUGACGUGGCAGUCAUUACUGAAGAGAAGACAACACUACUCAGGAAUUACAUAACACCAAACGUGCGCCAGCCAAAGCAGAGGAACUACCGAUUUGCAAAGGGUACAACGGCAGUGCUCAACGAAAAGAUAAUCACGAGGGAGGAGAUAAGCAAAUACGUCACAGUUCAUGAGUUGAAGGACGACGGUGCAGCUGCCACAGCAGAAACCAUGGACGUAGACCAGUGAGCUCGAAUCCCAUAUCUGGUGGCCAUAGGAGCCAGUGCAAGCUCUGGUAGAUCAUUCUACACCAAAGUAAAUGUGACCUAGGCCGAGGCAUGGUUGUUCCAGAGGUCCCUUGCUAGUCAUUAGAUAAAGAGACUCAUGCAUGGCUGAUGAAUAUGAAUUUGUUAAAAUCAACCUUCCGAUAAACAUUUUGAAUACUGAGAUAAUUCUAACAUCCAGACGAUCUCAUGCUAC